ACAACAGAUACAAUAUUAGUGGUAUCGUCCUUAUUCAUUCAUAAAUUUGGAAAACUACCCAACACCAUUAACACUAUAAAAUUGGGGUUGGUGCAAAACUUGCAGAGAGCAAUAACACUCAACUCAACCGCACCAUGUGAAAUGGCGGGAAUGCUUGGCGCCAUUCUCCGCAAUCCCAUAUUCCGGGCAACUUUCCCCCCAUUUAAUACCCACUUCGCUCUGAUCACCUCCACCCUUUGUCAAUUCCCUCGAAACCCAUCUCGCAGAAUCUGUGCUCGUGCCCUGAUUAUGGCUCAAGCUGCGGAAAACCCGAAUCACGCCCCUGAAAUUGAAGAACCCUCGCCGAAAAUCCAAAAGAUCCACCAAAACGGCGUUUCUGAAAAUAAAACCCAUGAAAGCGCUCCGUUUUUACGGGUCAAAAAGCUCUCUGAGAAAGCUGUUCUGCCUUCAAGGGCUUCCCCGCUUUCUGCUGGCUACGACCUCUCCAGUGCGGCUGAGACUAAAGUUCCCGCUAGAGGCAAAGCGCUAAUACCCACAGAUCUCAGCAUUGCUGUUCCAGAAGGAACCUAUGCUCGUAUUGCUCCACGAUCCGGGUUGGCGUGGAAGCACUCGAUUGAUGUGGGCGCAGGGGUGAUUGACGCCGAUUACAGGGGACCAGUUGGAGUGAUUCUGUUCAACCACUCGGAUGUGGAUUUUGAAGUGAAAGCUGGGGAUAGGAUUGCGCAGUUGAUUAUCCAGAAAAUUGUGACGCCUGAGGUCUCUGAGGUCGAUGAUCUUGAUUCAACUGUUAGGGGCUCUGGCGGGUUCGGGUCAACUGGGGUUUGAGUGUUGUAUGUUUGGAUGGUAGUUGAUGAUAUUCUGGACUAGUUUAGUUACCAAUGUGGUUGGUCAGAGUAUUAUUAUGUUGGGUUGUGGCGAGCUGUUAAGAGUAUUGUAUGGAGCACGUUUUGGGGACAGGUUGUAGGUCUCUAGUUCUCUUCCGCGAGGCAUUUCGUCAAACAUAUAUUGUACAUGUUGCUAUUCUCACGAGAUUAUGUACUUGUGGGCUGAUUCUAGGUUUAUUUUAUUGAAAGUUGGGUGUUCCAAAA